AUGCCUCCUUUAAAAAGCAUUUUAAAAAAGAAGCAACAAUCGUCAAUUGGUGCUUCAAAUCCUUCAUUAACGACAACAAUGCCAUCACCUUUGGGUUAUUCAAAUCAGAGGAAAGGAGGAAUGUUUUCGAGAUUUGUUCCAUUCCGUUCAAUUUCUGAAGACCAUCAAGAUGAACAACGUCAACGAUCACCACCUUUGUACAAAUAUAAUUUAUUUUCAAACAGCAACAAAACCAAUAAUGUUUCUUCUUCUCCAACAGACUUUUCUACCUCAACAUCCUCUUCUAAUGGAACUAUUGAAGAAGAAGAAAUAGACAGUGGAAUUGCUGAUUGUUUUUACUGCUCUUCUGGCAAUAUUAAUAAAAAUGAAAUAAAUCAACAACAACAAAAACAGCAAAAGCGUGUUUCAUUUUCUGAACAAGUACAAGCAAGAGUUUAUCGUUCAACUUCUUCUAUUCUUGGUCAACGAAAGAAAAAUGAAAAGAAAGCGCGUAGUCGUGCAACUCGUCGUUGUAAUUCUGAUGAAUCGGAGACAACAACAUCAACAAAUUCUUUUGAUGUAGCAACUAAUGAUGAAUUUAAACGGUCUUACUUGGGCAUUUAUAAAGACAAUUUAUCAACUAAUAAUAGUGGAAACAUUGUUUGUAAAUCUAUGGCUUCAUCUACUAGUGAUGGUAGUAAUACUACUAAUGGUGCUAAUAGUGGAGGAGGAAUGUCUGUUCUAGCUCAAUAG